CGCGGCCGACCGGCUUGCCAAGGGCGGGAGCCACUGGGGGCGGCCGCCGGGACACCUGGGGGCGCGGCGGGGAGCGUACUCCCUUAAACCCCGCUUUUCUCUCUCUGAGGACCCGACUCCUCGGCUGACACUUGGCAUGCCGGUGGUUCUGUGAUGGAGGAGACUGUAGGGAUUCCGAUGGACGAGCCCGUGGCCUUGUCUCCCCAGCCUGGCCCCAUUCCGGCUGCUGACGCUUUAAAAAAACGUGAACAGAGUUAUAAACUUCCAGGGGUUAAAAAAGAUAUUGAAAAGCUUUAUGAAGCUGUGCCACAGCUUAGCAAUGUGUUCAAAAUUAAGAACAAAAUUGGAGAAGGCACUUUCAGCUCCGUUUAUUUGGCCACAGCCCAGUCGCAGGAAGGACUUGAAGAAGAGAUUGCUCUAAAACACUUAAUUCCCACAAGUCAUCCUGUCAGAAUUGCAGCUGAACUCCAAUGUCUUACAGUGGCUGGGGGGCAAGACAACGUCAUGGGAGUUAAAUACUGCUUUAGGAAAAAUGAUCACGUAGUUAUUGCGAUGCCAUAUCUGGAACAUGAGUCCUUUUUGGAUAUUCUGAAUUCUCUUUCCUUUCAAGAAGUUCGGGAAUAUAUGUUUAACUUGUUAAAAGCUCUGAAGCGCAUUCACCAGUUUGGUAUUGUUCACCGGGAUGUGAAGCCCAGCAAUUUUUUAUAUAAUAGACAUCUGAAAAAGUAUGCUUUGGUAGACUUCGGUUUGGCCCAAGGAACCAAUGAUACAAAAAUAGACCUCCUCAAAUGUGUUCAGUCUGAAGCACAGCAGGAAAGUUGUUCACUAAACAAAUGCCAUGAGAUCCCUGGAAACAAGAUUGCAGUGGGUGGUUCAGCGCCUAAGGAUCUGGAUCCACAGGCCACCACAAAACCUGCCAGAAGACCAUGUGCAAACGAGCAAAAUCAGACUAAGCAUGGAAAAGAUGGAAAGGAAGGAUCUGUAGGCCUUUCUGUCCAGCGCUCUGUGUUUGGAGAAAGAAAUUUCAAUAUUCACAGCUCCAUUUCACAUGAGGGCCCUGCAAUGAAACUUAUAAAACACUCAAAGACUGUGGAUGUAAUAUCAAGAAAGUUAACAACAAAAAAGAAGCCCAUUUCUACGAAAGUUACGACUGGUGGUGUGAUAAAGAAAACUGCCAGUUCUGGCUCAGUCCACCUGACUUGUGACUGCUAUGCCACAGAUAGAGUCUGCAGUGUUUGCCUCUCAAGACGUCAGCAGGUUGCCCCUCGGGCAGGGACACCAGGAUUCAGAGCGCCAGAGGUCUUGACCAAGUGCCCCAAUCAAACCACAGCAAUUGACAUGUGGUCUGCAGGUGUCAUAUUCCUUUCUUUGCUUAGUGGACGCUAUCCAUUUUAUAAAGCAAGUGAUGAUUUAACUGCUUUGGCUCAAAUUAUGACAAUCCGGGGAUCCAGGGAAACAAUCCAGGCUGCUAAAGCUUUUGGCAAAUCGAUACUGUGUAGCAAAGAGGUCCCAGCACAAGACUUAAGGAAACUCUGUGAGAGACUCAGGGGUCUGCCUUCUAACACUCCCAAACUAGCAAGCGAUGCACAAGGACUUGCUUCUCCUAACCUGGCUUUUUCAGAGAAGACUGACCAUAAGUCUCAAGUACAGCACCCAGAGAAUUCCUUAUGUAAAGGGGACCAUAAUGGACACAGGAGUGGUUCUGGCACAUGUACGACUAAUUCAGAAGGCUGGGAUGAAGUCCCGGAUGAAGCCUAUGACCUGCUCGAUAAACUCUUAGAUCUAAAUCCAGCUUCAAGGAUCACUGCAGAAGAGGCCUUGUUGCAUCCAUUUUUUAAAGAUACAAGUUUGUAACAAUAGUUCUUCAUUUGGUGUUGAGGUCAUGUAUUGUGAGGUGGAAUGUCAGAGUUCUUGGUUAAAAAAAACAAACCACAGGUUUGUGUUUAGAGAGCAGGAGUCAAAAUUUGAAUUUGAUUAUAUUCCUUGGUAGCAGACUAUAAAACACAAAUUAAGAUGACAUCAAAUGCCUGCAAGAGUUUUUACAGCAUGUGAGUUAAACUCACCCAUGCAGAAUCAUCUUUGGUUUCCCCAAUUGCUUUUUACUAGCAUGUGUAGGCAGGAAAGGUUGGCCAUUGGUUCAUGGUGAAGUCUUAAACAAUGGAUGUGAUAAGGGAUUAAAUGAGUCAGAAGACUUCAUUUCCUCAUUAGAGCCAUGUGUUCUUUUGGAACAUUCCUCAUACUCAUAACAGUUUUAUAGGCAAGAAAAAUA